AGUAAAUAUACAAUUUCGAAAUGGCGUCUGGUGGGUGUGAAAACACAUCAGAUGAGAUAUUUAAUUUUAAAUGUUCGCCUUGUAUGGCAAAUAACCGAACUAGAGAAGCACUGAAAUAUUGUGUGGAAUGUCAGGGAUAUUGUUGUAAGGAAUGUACUGACAUUCAUAACGGAUUGCCUGGUUUAAAAGGUCACACGCUUUUGGAUAAGUCGAAUUAUAAGUCGUCACGCCUCCCAGCAGGAUUACCAGCAGUACCGACGGAGAGAUGUUGCAAACAUGAGACAAAGAUCGUGGACAUGUACUGUGGUAAUCAUGAUGAAGUCGGUUGUACAACUUGCAUGGCUUUAAACCACAGGUCGUGUGCUGAUGUGCAAUCCAUUCCAGAUAUUGUCGAUAGUAAAUUUCAAACGACAGAUGUUGACAAAAUACACCAAAAGUUGCAAGACUUGAAAAUUAUGAUGGAGAAAAUUAUGAACACCAGACAAAGACUGAUAGAAGAAUUGAAGAAGUCUAAGACGGAAGCAGUAAUGGCGAUAAAGGACUUUCGAAAAGAGAUGGAAACAAUUCUUGAACAACUAGAAAAUGAAUCGAUUAAAGAAUUGGAGAUGAAGUUAAAAAAAGAAGAGUCGAAACUGCUAGAAGAGAAGAAGAAAGCAGAAACUGAAUUAGAUGGUCUGAAACAAGCAGUGAACGACUUGAAGAAAUCAGAAGGAAACAAAGCCCAACAAUUUGUCUCCCUGAAAAUGUCAUUGAAAAGUAUUGCAAAAACGGAAGACGUAUCUCGUUUAUUGCAAACAAGUGUUGAUGCAAAUAUAUCCUUUAGCUUUGAUCCUGCUAUAUUUGAAUUUCUACAGCAGUUCAAAACGUUUGGAUCGGUCCGACAUGAUUCUGCCACUGCUUUAAGAUCGCCAAGGACAACCGUCUAUUCAGUUAAAAAAAUCGAGAAUUUAAACAUCAGAGUCCAGAAUGAUUCUCAAACAUGUUAUGUGUAUGGGUCCUGUCUUACAGACGAAGGGUCACUACUGUUAGCUGAUUAUUACAAUGAAAAGAUUAAGCGUGCAGAUAUUGUAAACAUGUCAGUGACAGAUUAUUGUUGUGUUCCUGGCAGACCUUUUGGCAUUUGCAGUACAAGUAAAACCGAAGCUGCAGUCUGUCUGAACAAUAAUAUAAUUCAGUUUGUCUCCCUUGGCAAGCAGAUGACAACCACUCGUCAGAUGAAACUGAACCACCAUUGCUUUGGCAUUGGCUAUAAGGAUGAUAAACUAUACAUAACUGACAACUACCAGUCGAUAUACAUCCACGAUAUGACAGGCAACGUGCUGCAGACGGUAACUCAAGACAAUGCCAGGCAAAGUCUGUUCUCAAACACCCGAACUGUUGCAUUCAGUGAUAUUGAUGAUAAAGUGUUUGUUGCUAGUUUGGCUAAGGGUUUAGUAAUUAUUGAUGGACAAGGAAAGCACUGCCAAACCUUCACUGAUUCAGAGUUACAGUGGGCAAGUGGAGUUUGUACAGAUCGUAAAGGAAAUUUGUUCGUGUCCGGGUACAAUUCAAAAAACGUGAUACAGAUAGGGAGAGAUGGGAAGAAAAUGGGAGUGGUCGUUAACUCAUCAGAUGGACUUGUCGGACCAGAAUCAGUUUGUUUUGACACAAGGCAAUGCAAAUUAUUGAUUACACAACGCAACGAAACUGUCAAAGUCAUCUCUUUGCAUUAAAGGGUAUUCUUCUGACGAUUUUUAUAUGUAUAAGUAUGCAAUGCUUUUUAUUGUACUGCAUUUUUGUACAGUUUGAAUCUAAUUAAAGAACGCUUUUAACAACAUUUAUUUAUUCAAUUUUGCCUAAUUCUUGAUAUGUAUAUAAUAUGUACGGGUUCAAAAACGCUAUUUAAAGCAGCGCAAUAUUGCAAUUAUUUUAAUAGCUUAACUAUUCAUAGAAUAUGUGAAGUGUUUGAUUGCGUUCAGCUACCACAAUGUGCUUUUUUCGUUCCCGAACAGUAUUGACUAAUGCAAGAAAGACUUACACUGCAUGUAUGUUGUUUUCCUUAUUAUUUCUAGAUGUUUCGAUUGAAGUGUUGUACGAGUGUUUCUAUAUCUCCUUCAUACUUUUUCAGACUUCUUACGUAAUUUUAUGGCACGGCGUUUACACGGGCAUGAACCACACUGCAAUAUUUAGAUAUAUAUUUUGUUGAAUUUAGUAAGAAAUCGAGAAAUAGUAUCGAUUAAACUUAAAUCCUUACGUUAUGAACUUUAGGUGUAUGAUGAUGUAUGUAAAUGCUAUUUUGGUUUUAGUUGCCGAUUUUUUUAUGAAUAGCACCCUUUCGUGAAUGACGUUUUUAAUUCCGUUGAAGUUCUGUACGUUGUUCUGUGUCUAUUUGUCAUGUACAUAAUGUAAAUAUUGUCUUGAGAAAAAAUGUCGAAUUUCAUGAAUAUCUUUUGUUAGUUAAUUUGACUGUUUUGUUGACUUCCAUAUUUCCCACAGACUUUUAAUUUGAGCUUGGAACAAUAAAAGAACGAUAAUACAAUGAUGAAAAAUCGAAAUUGCCAAACUACAUUGGUGAAAAGUCGAAACUACAAUGGUGAAAAGCCAGAAAAAAAAACGAAACUACGAAGGUAAAAGUCGAAAUUAUCCGUACAUUCAACAUCGUACUUGUCGACUUUUCAUCGUAGUUUUGAAUUUAUACUAUCGUACUUCCGUCGUAGUUUCGAGUUUUCAACAUCAUAUAAACGCCAUCCUGAUGCCCAUAUCUGUUUACCAUUACACGAGAUAGUGUCCGUAUGUUCUGUCUUUGCUCUCAUGAAUUUUUACGUAUAUUUCCGUAAAUUAAUUUUCGGUGUCCGAAACAUGAAAAUGAUGGCAUGUGCUUUAAAUUUCCACGCUAAAAUUUGUAAUGACAAUCUGUGAAAAUAAUAUAUUAGUUAUAUCAAAAUGUAAAGCACAACAGAAUAAUAUAAUAAGCGUGCAUAUGAUUCAUUGAAAUCAUAUUUAAUUGGAGGAUUUACAGGAAAAUAGGUGAAAUAUGGGCUUUUAAUAGUAAUGUGUUCAAAUUUGUAUCCAUUUCGGCAAAAUCUUGCAGUCAAAUGUUUGUUGAUGUAAGUUUGGCACAUCAAGCCAGUCUCUAAGAUAUGGUAUUAAAUAUCUGUUAAAGAACUUCACGUGAAGCAUUUGUUAUGCAGACUCUUUUGUUCUAUAAAACAGACAGAAUUAUACUGGGUUUUACUUGCAGUGAAUUAUGUUGAACUUUCCUAUAUAACCUUCUUAUGCAUAUAUGUUAAAAAUCCUCAAUA